CGGCCCGGCUGAGCCACCGGCAGCGAGGUGCCGGAGAGCAUGGUCACGGCGGCGGUGGCGGCCCGUGGGGCCGGGGCUAGGGCGGUGGCGGCCCUGCGGGGCGGCUGCAGGAGGGCGGGCCGGGGGCGGCCACGCGCGGGCUUCGCACGGCCCUUGUGCACGGCACCCGGAACCGCUCCGGACUCGAAGCGCUACCUGUGGGAGCGCUACCAGGAGGCGAAGAGAAGAACGGAUGAUUUGGUUCCUUCAAUUAUGAACAACCUGUUGAAUCCAGACGCCAUUUUCUCCAACAAUGAAAUGAGCCUGUCAGAUAUUGAAAUCUAUGGCUUUGAUUAUGAUUACACUUUGGUGUUUUAUUCAAAGCACCUCCACACACUGAUAUUUAAUGCUGCUCGAGACCUUCUUAUAAAUGAACACCGGUAUCCUGCGGAAAUCAGGAAGUAUGAGUAUGACUCAAAUUUUGCAAUUCGUGGACUUCAUUAUGAUGUACAGCGGGCAGUCUUGAUGAAGAUUGAUGCUUUUCAUUACAUCCAGCUGGGAACUGUCUACAGAGGUCUCAGCGUUGUCCCUGAUGAAGAAGUCAUUGAAAUGUACGAGGGAUCCCAUGUGCCCUUGGAACAGAUGAGUGACUUUUAUGGAAAGAGUUCUCACGGAAACACCAUGAAGCAGUUCAUGGACAUCUUCUCCCUGCCGGAGAUGACCCUCUUGUCCUGCGUGAACGAAUACUUUCUGAAAAACAACAUUGACUAUGAACCUGUCCAUCUCUACAAAGAUGUCAAGGAUUCAAUUCGUGAUGUCCACACCAAAGGAAUAAUGUACAGAGCAAUUGAAGCAGAUAUUGAAAAGUACAUCUGUUAUGCCGAGCAGACGCGUGCAGUGUUGGCCAAACUGGCAGAUCAUGGCAAGAAGAUGUUCCUCAUCACCAACAGCCCCAGUAGCUUUGUGGACAAAGGGAUGAGAUAUAUUGUCGGAAAAGACUGGAGGGACCUGUUUGAUGUGGUCAUUGUUCAGGCCGAGAAGCCAAACUUCUUUAAUGAUAAACGGAGACCUUUCCGAAAGGUGAACGAGAAAGGUGUCUUACUCUGGGAUAAAAUCCACAAGUUACAGAAAGGCCAGAUUUACAAGCAGGGCAAUUUGUAUGAAUUUUUGAAACUUACUGGAUGGAGAGGAUCAAAAGUACUAUAUUUUGGCGACCAUAUAUACAGUGACCUGGCGGAUUUGACUCUAAAGCAUGGCUGGCGAACUGGCGCAAUUAUCCCGGAAUUAAGAUCUGAGCUUAAAAUCAUGAACACGGAGCAGUACAUCCAGACCAUGACCUGGCUGCAGACCUUGACUGGGCUCUUGGAGCAGAUGCAGGUUCACAGAGACGAGGAGUCACAGCUGGUUUUGCAGGAGUGGAAAAAGGAGAGAAAGGAGAUGAGAGAAAUGAACAAAAGUUUCUUCAAUGCCCAGUUUGGAAGCUUGUUCCGCACAGACCAGAACCCAACUUACUUCCUGAGGCGCCUGUCCCGAUUUGCCGACAUCUACAUGGCAUCUCUGAGCUGCCUCUUGAGCUACGAUGUCAGCCACACCUUUUACCCCAGAAGGACUCCUCUGCAGCAUGAACUUCCUGCGUGGUCUGACAGGACCUCCACUUUCACAGCCCCCCUCCUGCAGGAGGCCCAGGCCAAGUAACAAAGUGCCCAAUGGUGGGAAAAGCCAGAAUUAACGGUGGCCCCAGAUUAUUGGGUGGACAUGAGGGGGUUGACUUUGUGUGGGUCUGAGUGUUGCUUUCUGAAAAGAUACAAAUAUGCUUUUUGAUAU